AUGUCGCACUUUGUCAGCAAACAGCAGACAGUGUCCAACAGUCGGAAAACGAGCCUGGACCAGGGGCCGAUGGCCGGUGAUAAGAGUCCCCUGGUGGAGGUGUCCAUUCCCUCGGUGACCAGUCCACCGGACAGUGACAGCGAGGAGACGACGACGCCCUAUGAGCCAUCACCAUCAGGGCAGCUGUCUCUGCGACCCAGUCCAAAAGCUCGUCUGAUAACGGACGGUUUCAAGGCGGAGAAGUGCGCCAAGUCGAACCAGGAGAUGCGCGUCAUCAUGUCUGCUGACUCAAAGAUCGCCGAGAAGAGCAGCAUGUCGGCGAUGAAGUCUAAGGUGGAGGCGAACGGUUUUGCCGCCUCGAAGAUGAUGGCCGCCAAGGAGGAUCACAAACAGAUUCACUUUGGCGACACUGUGGUGAAGCACCAGUCGAGCUCAAAGGCGGCCUCCAGUUCGAUGACCAUGUCCACAGACAACAUGAUUGCCGCCAGCAGUAGUAGCAGCAAGGGCAGCAAAGAGGAGCGACAGGCAUUCACCCAAGGAAUGAUUCACCAGGAGAGCAAGUCCAGCUCGUCCUCCACCUCCUCUGCCGCCCGUCGCCUCUUCUCCUCCGCCUCUUCUGCCUUUGAGAACAUACUCGAGUCAAUGUCGCCGGCCAUGUUGACGCUCUCCAGCGAGGUGGACAUGGAGUUUAAUGAACUAAGCUCAAUUGCAAAGACCUUCAAGAGUCCGCUCAUCAGCAAGACAGAGUCGAUCAACAUGAAGGGCUCAAUGACUAAGCUGGAGAAUAAGAUGCAGAACCUCUGUCGUCAGCUGGUGCAAAGGCGAGACGACAUUGACGUCGUCCUCGUGAUGACCGAAAUGCUGCACAAAGCCUGGUCAGUGCCGCAGUGCGGCUACGAUCUGGGCUUCAACAUGAGCAAGAUUAUCCGCACCAGUGAGGCGCUGGAGGCGUUGCUGUGCAACAUUGAGACAAACGACUGGAAGGUGGCCUUUGCCAGCGCCCAGCUUCUUGAGCAAUGUCUCAUCUCCGAGAACCGCAAUUACGUCGUCGAGCAUGGCCUGGAGAAUGUGGUGAACAUUGCGAAGGAGUGCGCCAACAAAAAGUCACAGGAAGAAGUGCGCGUAGGCACAGGCAUUCUGGAGCACCUGUUCAAGCAUUCUGAAGACACCUGCAAAGAGGUAAUCCGCCUUAGUGGCCUGGAAACGAUCGUCUACGAGUGCAGAAGCAGUGACACGGUCACACUGCGCCACUGCGCCUCGGCACUGGCCAACCUGUCCCUCUACGGUGGUCCCGACUGUCAGGAGUCGAUGAUUAAGCAGGAGGCGCCGGUGUGGCUCUUUCCGCUGGCCUUUCAGAAUGACGACAACAUUCAGUACUACGCCUGUCUGGCGAUCACCGCACUGGUGGCCAACAAGGAGAUCGAGGCGGCGGUGCUCGCUUCGGGCACCCUCGACCUGGUGGAGCCCUUUGUCCUGUCGCAUAAUCCGGAAGAGUUUGCCAAGAGCUCCACUUCGCACAUUCAUGGCCAGUCAAAGAACUGGCUCCUUCGAUUGGUACCCGUCCUCCGCAGCAAGCGCGAGGAGGCACGUAGCUUAGCAGCAUUCCACUUUGCAAUGGAGGCGUGGAUCAAGAAGACCCAAGAGCAGACAUCGGUUUUCAAAGAGAUCAACGCAGUAGAGGCGCUGCAGAAGGUGGCCAGCUGUCCGAAUGCAAUUGCAUCCAAGUACGCGGCACAGGCGUUGCGUCUAAUCGGCGAGGAGGUGCCCCACAAGCUCUCACAGCAGGUGCCCCUCUGGACCAUUGAGGACGUGAAGGAGUGGGUUAAACAGAUUGGUUUUUCCAACUACAUUGCCGAGUUUGAGAAGAGUCGCGUGGACGGUGACCUGCUGCUGCAGCUAAACGAGCCCAUGCUCACCGAUGACAUUGGCAUUCGAAAUGGCAUCCUCAGGAGGCGCUUCAUGCGAGAGCUGGCCGAACUGAAGCAGAUCACCGACUACUCCUCCUGUGAUCCGACGAACAUGUGCGCCGUCCUGAGCAACCUGGGGCCUGAUUACGCCCGCUACACGUACUCACUGCUGCAGAGCGGCAUUGACCGCUUCAAUCUGUCGGCGGUGAAUGAAGAGGUGCUGCUGCACGAGUGUCACAUCGAGAACAGCAUUCACCGGUUGAAGUUGCUGGAGGCGAUGGCCGCCGUCAAGGAGCUGCCCUCACCAGUUUCCAUCUCCGGUCUGGUGAGUAAAACGCUGGACGAGGCGAUCAAGUCACUGGACGUCUUCAUCAGCUACCGCAGAUCUAAUGGCUCACAACUGGCGAGCUUACUCAAAGUGCACCUUCAACUGCGCGGAUUUUCGGUCUUUCUCGACGUGGAAAGGCUGGAGGCAGGCAAAUUUGACUACAAUCUGCUGAGUAGUAUUCGACAAGCCAAAUACUUCCUACUCGUUCUCACGCCCAGUGCUCUCGACCGAUGUCUGGAGGACAAUGAGCAAAAGGACUGGGUUCACAGGGAAAUUGUGCAAGCACUGCAAACAAAGUGCAACAUCAUUCCCAUCAUGGAAUCCUUUCAGUGGCCUGAUUUGGAAAAACUUCCCGAAGACAUGAGGCCAAUCUGCUACUUUAAUGGAAUCAGAUGGAUUCACGACUACCAGGACGCGUGUGUGGACAAGCUGGAGCGGUUCAUGCGCGGUGAAAUCAACAGUAAGCUGAUCGAUGCUCCCGGUGUACAUCGACAUGCAAUGCCACAUGGACUGCCGCCCACGCCCAGCACACCGCAAAUUCGAUCUCCUAGUCAACAACGGCGAAGCUGCUCCGUCGACAAUGGCCGCGCUGAGGGAUAG